UGGACUGUUCAGAGCAGGGUACCAUCCAGGCUGUUGUCUGUGAGGGGUGGGGUCCGGUACACUGAUACCACCAAACAUAAGCUUCCAGAGGGAUACAGAGACAGGAAAAGAGAGGAAAAGAGAGAGAGAAGAGGGGGGAAGAUUGCACCUGAAGAGGAAUAUAAAACGGGAUGAAAGGAGACACCCCAGUGAACAGCACCAUGAGUGUCGGUCAAGCCAGGAAGCUGGUGGAGCAACUGAAGAUUGAGGCUAGUUUCUGCAGGAUAAAGGUAUCAAAGGCAGCAGCAGACCUGAUGGCGUACUGCGACGCACACGCCUGUGACGACCCCCUGAUCAGCCCAGUGCCCACCUCAGAGAACCCCUUCAGGGAGAAGAAGUUCUUCUGCGCUCUGCUUUGAGACCAAAUCAGGGAUUGUUGUGAUAAAAGUACAACUGUACAGUAUGUACAUGUAUGUACAGUGUGCACAUGUACUUCCAAUCUAAAUAAGACAUCAAUGUACUAUAGUAACCUUGCAUAAAAGCUGCCGAUGUACA